CAAACCCUGCCAAGGACCUGAGUCUUCAACAUCAUCCGCGCCUUCGCGCACCUUCCUUCCUUCCGGUCAACUGAUUUGUGGUCUUUGCUUUUGGACUGGUAGUGCUACCAUUGGUGUUGUGAUUGGUGUACCUCAGGGAUCUACCUUGAACCCGUUGUUUUUCUCGAAUCGCGAUCACGUUUUUGUUGUUUUUCUUGUACUGUGUGGACAUUUUGACAACAUUUUAAUGUUUUCUGAGACAGAGUGAUAGUUUUCAACUGGAUUGCCGGUUUACAAUAAAAUUUGAAAUUUAUUGUUUGAUAAGUUUCACAUUUGUAUUGACAUUUUACGGAGUGGUUUAUUCUGAAAUGGUGUUGCUUUCAGAAGAAUGAACUUAAGGAGUAUCUUUUAAGACUCUGGCAAUCAACCGUUUUGUUACCAUGCUGAUCUCAACGACCAACGCCUCGACCACCCCCAACAACAACAACAAUAACAACAGUUCCGGGCUGGGAAAAUGUAGCGACUUCUCCGUCUCCAGUCUAUGCCGCGACCUGAGGAGCUCCCCGGAGGUCAGCAAAGCUGAGGGGGAGAGUACACCCGCGGUCAUCAUCGGGGGUACGGGGACCAACUGGAAGCUGGAGUUACCGCCCCAUCCUGGUCUCAACCCUGCGCUUCCCGCCACCCCUCCCCACACACCGGGCGGACAGGCUUCCACAUUGCGAGAGCUGUACGCGCUAGCAGCCAGUCAGCAGCCGCUCGCCUCUCUGGUGUCUCAGCAGCAGCAGCGGCUGCUCGAGCUCAGCAGGUUCCGCCACUACGAUCUGCUGAGCCAUCAGCAAGGAGCGGUCACCAAGCUUUUGGGAACCCUGAGGCCUCCUGGGCUAAUAGGCGGAAGCAAGCCCAAGGUAGCAACUCCAGCCGUGGUAUCCAAGAUAGAGCAGUACAAGCGGGAGAACCCGACUAUUUUCGCCUGGGAGAUCCGUGAGAGACUGAUCUCUGAGGGGGUGUGCACCAAUGCCACGGCACCCUCGGUCAGCAGCAUUAACCGCAUCUUGAGGAACCGUGCGGCCGAGAGGGCUGCUGCAGAGUUCGCAAGGGCUGCUGGGUAUGGCCUCUACCACGCCCACGCUCAUCACUCUCACCCCUACGCUUCCUUUCCCUGGCCACCCCCAGGACUCUGGCCGGUUCAGGGUCCCCAUACUCCGCCACCCGCCCAGCAGCUUCGGCCUCCUGGCUCACCCAACGAUCUCGUACCCAGACUAAUAGAUAUAGACGGGAAGGACGACGAGAGUGCUGGCAGUGGAGAUGGUUCCGAGCAGCCAAAGUUCCGGCGGAACCGCACCACCUUUAGCCCCGACCAACUGGACGAGUUGGAGAAGGAGUUCGACAAGAGCCACUACCCCUGUGUGUCCACCAGAGAGCGGUUGGCUGCGAAGACGUCCCUCAGCGAGGCUAGAGUCCAGGUCUGGUUUUCCAACAGACGGGCCAAAUGGAGAAGACACCAGCGGAUGAAUCUGCUGAAGUCGCGGCGCGCGGGGGGCGGCAACCCCCAAGGUCGAGGAGCGGGGGGUGGCGGCCCCUCUGAGACCCCCCUGUCCCCUCCCUGGCGUCACAUGGGGGGAGAACACAGCGCCUUCAAGGCCUUCCCCCAGGCAUCCUCGGAACCGGAGAACGGCAGAAGGUACGCUUCCUCGGAGACCUCGGAGGAGAUCAACGUGACGACGGACGACGAGGACUCCAACCUGGGACCGGAAGAAGUCCGAGGACCCUCAGAUGAGCUCAGCAAACUGGCACAAGCGGAUGUGAGGGCUUCCAUAGAGUCCUGGAGAGAGAUGGCAGCACUGUCGGCUCUCAGAGGAGACCCCUCCGUGUUCCCUUCACCCCCCUCACUUAGGGGAGAUCCCACCGUGUUUCCUCCACCACCCUCGCAACCUCUUCCUCUCACCAAGCACGACCGGUUGUGAUGCGGACUUUUAGAAUAGAUUAGACCUUUAUAGAGCGCGAUAUCUGUAAAAAAUAUGUUUUUCAAUGUUUUAAUGGGAAAAUAAGAAUAUACUAUACAAUUUCUGAAGUAGUUUAAAAUAAUUUAUAGCAAAAAUAUUUGGAACCAUAAAAUACUAAAUUCUUAGAACUAAUUCCUUUGCUUAGUUAAUGGUUUAACUAUUUGAACCCAGUCUAUAAGAGUUCUCAUUAAAACUGCCACUGUUUUUAGUAUUAUAAAAUAAAAAUUAUUCUUUUUAUUAUUAAGAAUGAAAAAUAUUAUUAUAUAAAUAAACAAAAUUGAUUACCCAUAUUUUAAAUUAAAAUAGUAGGUCUUAGUUUUAUAAUUGAACCACAAACAGAUUUUUUAAAUUUUUAUCAAAUUAUGUUAAUAGGCGAUCAAUAGUUUUCAAAGCAAAUGUUUUUUCGCACAUACACUAGUUGUAAUGAAAGAUAAUUUCCUGUAAAUAAGUUUGAUUCGUGUUAAAAUGAAUCAAGGCAUGACCUUCCCCUGUGAAAAGCACGUUAUUUCCCAGUUUCCUUGUAAAGCAUGUAGUAUACUAACAAUACUGAUAGCUUUAACUCGUUAUUUAUUAUCUGUGUAUGUAUAUAUGGUAGAAUGGAUUUGUAUGUGGUACGUUUUGUCACAUUUAGCUUUAAACAUUUAUCAUUCCUCAUUAGGUUAAGAUCGUUAUUUAUUAUAUACACUUCCAAAGCACAACUACUUUAUUGUAAGAUGAAAGUAUCUAUUUGUAUCAAUGUAAAUAAAUUAUACGAUUGCUUUAAA